AAGUAUAAUAAUAGUAUACAUUUUAAAUUAUCAUCAUCAUUCACAUAAGUUUACUUCAAAGAGCUAUCUAUCUAUCAACAAAUUUCUGUUUUUUUGGUUAUAAAGAAUGGGUUGCAGUAGCUCAAAGGUAGCAGAAAAUAUUAUGGAUGGAUCCUCAGAAGUUGGCAAAGAUAAGAAUUUACCUUCACAAGUAAAAGAAAAUGAGCUUAUUUCUUGUUCUGAAGAUUUUUCUAUCCUUGCUUCUGAAACACCAUUUACAGUAAGAGAGGUGGAAAUCUUGAAGGAGUUGUACAAAAAAUUAAGCGCAGUUAUUGUGAAAAAUGGACUUAUUCAAAAGGAAGAGCUUCACUUUGCUCUUUUUAGAAACAGAAACAAACGCAACCUCUUUGUCGAUAGGAUGUUUGAUCUCUUCGAUGUCAAUCACAACGGCCAUAUAGAGUUUGGUGAAUUUAUCAGAUCUUUGGGCAUCUUUCAUCCUAAAGCUCCUCGAGCAGACAAAAUAAAAUAUGCAUUUAGAUUAUAUGACUUGAGGCAUACUGGUUACAUUGAGCGCGAAGAGUUGAAGGAGAUGGUAUUGAUGAUUUUGGUUGAAUCUGAUUUGGUUCUCUCUGAUGAUGUGGUUGAAACAAUUGUGGACAAGACAUUUCUAGAAACAGACACAAAAGGUGAUGGAAAAAUUGACUUGGAAGAAUGGAGUGAAUAUGUUGGAAAAAAUCCAUCAUUACUCAAGAACAUGACUCUACCUUAUCUGAUGGACAUAACACUAGCAUUUCCCAGUUUUAUGCUGAAUGCAGAAACCGAAGAAUCACACUCGUAGUUUGAGUAUAUAUAAUACUCAAAUGCAAUGCAUAUAGAAUGGUGGGCGUGAGUUAGACCAACGUCUGAUAACCGUAUAUCAAUGCUUGUUAGAAAUUGGUCUAUUUUGAAACAAAACUCGUGCAGACCAUAGUACACUUUUUAUAGGAAUGUUUGGCCGUUGUUUCUGAAUUCCUUAUCUGAGGUGUUUAUUGCAAGGUUUCCUUAGGGAAAUUAGAAAAGCCUGCAAUUCACAAUUUUCGCUAAGAAAUAGUGGAAAUGCAAGUAGGGACACAAUUUUGACCCUGCAGCAGAUUUUGGAUUCACUACCAUCUCGCAUUCCAAGCAUUCAUGCAGUUUGUCGUUUGGAGCCGUUGGAUCAAGACCUUCCCGUUUUUGACGAGCUUAAAAUCAUAGUCAUGCCAUCUUCAUCUAACAGCUCCAAAUAAGUGCGUGAAAUGUGACCGCUUACGCAAUGAGUCUCAUAAACAGAAAGUUUGUAAGCCUUCUGAAUAUGCUUUUGUUAUCCUCAAAUGUGUUAUAAUCCCUUGUUAACAUGAUAUUUCCGCGAUGCGGUUCAAGUACUUAACUGAAUUUUGACCAUUAAGGCGUCUAAUACAGUAUAAUGUAAUGAUUUUCCAUA